AUGGGGUUCAAAAAGUAUUCUGAACUAAUUUCACUUCUUGUAGCCGAACAAAUUAAUGGGUUAUUAAUGAAAAAUCAUGAAAGCCGGUCUACUGGUUCUAGUCCAUUCCUUGAAGUGAAUGAGACUAACUUUCACCAAGCUAAGUGUGUAAAAGGUCGUGGCCCCAAUCCUCGUCGUGGCCCUAGCAGUGGUCAUGACCGUGGUCGAGGAAAAAGCUAUAAUCAUGAUGAACGCCUAGCACCAAAUAAAUCCCUUCAAAAUAACGAUGAAAAGCAUGAAACUGUGCAAAGGAAAAACCCAGAAGAUAAAUGCCACAGAUGUGGUGGUAAAGUGCAUUGGUCACGUGCGACACUUGUUGAGCUUUAUCAAGCCUCCCUAAAAAGGGCAGAAAAGAAUGCUGAAGCAAAUUUUAUUUCUGAAGAUAAUGAUGACUUCAUGCAUUUGGAUGUAGAUGAUUACUUUGCUCUCCCAGAAAUAGAUCCUGUAAUCAUAGAUGAAUCUGUAGAAACUUAA